GCGUCGGUCCCGUCCCGUCUCCCGAGCACAGGAUAAUGUGUGACGGCCAGCGUUAGUCACAGUAUUGACCGUGCACGGCCGCUCUGUCUCACUGUCCCCGGCUUUCAUAUUUGUGAUGAAGUCUGCGACAGGCAACAUGUCUGUUAUCGCCUCGGCUUUGUGGCUGCUCGCUGUCGUCCUCUGCUCAUCUCCGGUCAGCGGGAAUGAGGACUGUUUGUGGUACGUGGAUAAAAACGGCACCUGGCACAACGGCUUCGACUGCCCUCUCAUCACGUUCUGCUGCGGGAACUGCCACCGGCGCUACUGCUGCCUGGACGCCUUCAAGAUGAUCACAGAGCGGGAGCAGAAACGCUGCAUGCUCUUCCAGUUCAGCCCAACGACUUUAGCCGGCAUCGCCUCCUCCGUUCUCCUGUUUGUCGCCAUCAUUGCGACCAUGGUCUGUUGCUUCAUGUGCUCCUGUUGUUACCUCUACCAGAGAAGGCAGCAGAGGGGCAGGACACCUUAUGAGGCCCAGCAGAUCCCCAUGGCCAGCUACCCAGUGGAGCCCAUGUAUGACGCUUAUGGAAAGCCACUAGGACCCUCUGAGUAUCCACAUCCAGGUUAUCCAAUGGCGCCGCAGUAUCCAGGUAUGCCUCCGCAGUACCCAAUGAUGCAGCCUGGACCGUAUCAUCCACACCUGAUGGAUCCUGCAUACAGUCAGGCCCCUCCACCUUACUCUCCACCUCAGUAUCCUGGUCAUUGAUGGGCUCGUCUACACACACAUGCAUCCACAUACACAUACACACAAACAUAUGCACAUACACAAUGGGAAACGACGGCAACAGAGGGAAAUGACUGUUUCAAAAAGGAGACGGCAGCACUACUCUCUCUCACAUACACACUCAUACACUUUCACACACACACACACACCCACACACCCACACACACUAAUAAAUGCUACAGUUUGACUAGCAGUGGUUCGCCUGUAAAAGCUAACAGGAGGCACUUUAAGGGUUUUAUUUUUAUGUUUAUUUACAACGUUGUCCUACUUUUCUGGAGGAUUUACAUAAGUCACAUUGUGUUCUGCAACCUGACGCCUGAACGCUCCCAGCGAGUUUCACAUAGGGUGUCACACGUCCCUAAAGUGAGGAGGUAUCCGGUCUCUGUCACGACACUGUGCUGCUCUGACACGUUCACCUCAGUGACCGGGCGUCACCUGAAGACAGGGCUCAUUAUUGUGUGAAAGAGGAGUCAGAAGGGAUUUACAAAAAUGUUCAUGGACUCCCUCUUCAUUUAUUAAAGGGAAAAAAAAAUACUUCCUCACUUUCGUUAAAUUUUGAAUAAAUUGAUUACUGCCUAAGGACACAUUCCAGGUCAUCUCGAUCCACAUUCUCCCAAUAUGAUUACAUGAUGUCUUUUAUCUGUAUUAGAUGUUUCUUUUGUAUUGUGGUAGAGGCUAAAGGGAGGCAUGUUUGAUUCAAAUCUAAGGUGAUGUGUCUGGAUCGUAGGCAGUGUGAAGCUGCCUUUACAUCACUUAGAUGGCUCAGUGGAUUUUAUGGUACUUCUAAUCCUCUGUAAGAAGCCUUUAGUCGCCCUCUUUGACUCUUCUUUUUCGUGUCUGACUCGACUUCUUGCUUCAAGGUUGUACAUUAGCUGCGUUAUUCUAAUGUAACAUCCCAACAUCAGCAUGCUACCCAAACAUCUGUCUUCUCCUGCUUCUUUUCCUUCUUCUUUAAACAAAUUAAAAAUGAGUCUCUAGAUUAAUCCUAACAUGCCAGAUAGGAUGUUUUUACAGUGAAAUCCAUGUUAAAUGUUUUAUUUCUUGUAACAUAUCAGGUCAGGGGAACUGCAGGUCAUGCUGCUGGAUUAAAACAAAAUGUCCCGCCUUACAAUAAUUAGCCGUGAAGAGAGAGAGAGAAAAAAAGGAAGAGAUUAACUAUUGAAAAAAAUAUUUUGUAAAUCUGUUCUUCAGCUGAAUAUUUUAUGAUAUUGUUGUUUAAAAGUUAUUUUAAACCUGUAAUGUUAUUGUAACAUAAGAUAUGAUGUUUUAAACAUUUUGGCAUCUUUCCAUUUGGUAUUUAUUAUUAUUAUUAUUAUUAUUAUCGAGGUUACCUUUUACUGUGAACGGGUUCUUCUCACCUUCUGGACAAGCUAUAAAGCCAAAAAUCACUACCGUUCAAA